GUGGGCCAGCUUUAUUUAUGAAUGAAUGCUGCUCUUCACUUCUUUGGGUUUCAUGUAAUUUCAGGCUUUGCUACCUUUUGCAUGCUUACGAGGAUGAUGUAGGUGAUUGUGAUUGUUUUUGUCUUCUUUUUUUUUCCCUUACAGUUACUGUUUGAGUUAUUUUGGCUGGUGCUAUUAUUUGUUUACUUAUUCUGUUCAUGAUGUCAAUUAUCUAAUGUAUGUGAAAUCUGUAAUUCUGCAUAUAAUGAAGUCAUCAAAUUGCCUUUUUUCCUAAAUAUUGAGAAUGUUUAUGGGUUUUUAGUUUAUCUUGCUUUUGCUUUCAAAAAAUAUUCCCUGUAUGUUUUGUUUAGCUCGCAAGUUUGCUUCUAUUUGUUUUUAGGUUCUGCAACUUUGAUUUUUUUUAUUUCCUGGAAAGGUUGUUGAACUAUGGAAUAUAAAUCAUUGUGAUACUGAACAAGAAAAACUAUUCAUUGGAAACAAUGAUAUUUUAGAAGAAUUUCAUGUAAAAUUGCAGUCUAGUUGCUUAGGAGGAGGAUAAGGACAAGUUAUUGUCAAGUCCAAACCUCUCGCCCUUGCAAAUUAACUUUGUCUGGGAAGAAAAGGACUGAACUUUAAAAGGAAUCUAAGGCUGUGAAGGGCCAUAGAAAGUAGAAUUUACUAUAUUUUUCAGUAAUGUCUCGAUGCUUUUUUUAGGAAAUUUUCAUGCUUAUAAAGUCCCUUUCCUUGCAAGUUGUGUGGUUGCUUGCCAGUUCUGACUGAUAAGAUGUUUGUCUUCUUCCCAAUUGGUUUAGUAAAUCUUAGCUGUCCAUUUUCUCUGUAUGCCAUCUUUGUGCAUUUUCAUCUUUCAACUGAAUUGCACUACAUAUAUUCGACACCGAUAUAUCUUUUGUUUUCCUGCACCUCUUCUGUCUCCAACCUUUUGGUUUUCUGAAGUUAAUUGUUUAUAUUUGUUUGAUAGUGUUCGCUUACAUAAGUUUUAAGCAGAGUAACCAAAGGAUAUGAACAGGUCCCUUAUGCUUGAUGGACUGCUUGCUUAAGAGCAGUGACAAGAAAACUUUAAAGAGGUGGUUCUUCAUUGAUAAAAGGGUUGGCUGAAUAGAAUAUCUGAGAUUGAAUAUUAAGGUUUGCUUCUUUGCACUUGAGUGGAAAGUUUGCUGAGGAGUCUGUUAGCUUUGACGUUAUAAGUAGUGUUACAAAGCUGGAUCAAAUGGACCUGAAAUCCAAUCACACCGCUCCUGUUCUGGCUGAUCCUGCACCGAUAAGCAAGUCAAGAUUAGUAGCUUCCAGUCUGUUGCAAUACUCAUCCCCAGCGCCAGUGUUUUCUCCAAAUCUACUUCUAACUGUUCCCAGGAAGAAAACUGGAAUUCUCGAUGAUGUUCGUGCCAGCAGCUGGCUGGAUGCUAUGAAAUCCUCAUCCCCUCGUCAUACAAGCACGAGGGAUUACAACCAUGAGAUUGUAUCAGCUGAUACAGAUGUUGCGUAUCGCACAUGGAUGGCUAAGUAUCCCUCUGCACUAUCAUCUUUUGAGCAAAUUACAAAUUUUGCCAAAGGCAAGAGAAUAGCAUUGUUUUUGGAUUAUGAUGGGACUCUUUCACCAAUUGUGGACAACCCAGAUUUUGCCUUUAUGUCUAUUGAUAUGCGAGCUGCUGUAGCAAAAGUGGCAAAAUACUUCCCAACAGCAAUAAUUAGUGGAAGAAGCCGUGACAAGGUAUAUGAUUUUGUAGGACUAACAGAUCUCUAUUAUGCGGGAAGUCAUGGAAUGGACAUCAUGGGUCCUGUUAGGGAAUCGUCUGAUGAUCCUCCUAACUGCAUUAGAUCUACUGAUAAGCAGGGCAAAGGAGUAAAGUUAUUCCAGCCUGCUAGUGAAUUCCUACCUAUGAUUGACGAGGUUUUUAACUCACUUGUUAACAGCACCAAAGAAAUUAAAGGAGCAAAAGUUGAAAACAAUAAGUUCUGUGUCUCUGUCCAUUACCGUAAUGUAGACGAGAAGAAUUGGAAAACAGUUGCAGAAUGUGUUCAUGAUGUCAUCAGAAACUACCCUCGUCUGCGAUUGUCUCAUGGUCGGAAGGUUUUAGAGGUACGGCCUGUGAUAGACUGGGAUAAGGGGAAAGCUCUCACAUUUCUACUUGAAUCACUUGGGCUUAGUAAUCAUGAUGAUGUGCUUCCCAUUUAUGUUGGAGAUGACCGGACAGACGAAGAUGCAUUUAAGGUUCUGAGAGAGGGAAAUCUGGGAUAUGGCAUUUUAGUAUCAUCCGCUCCAAAGGAGAGUAAUGCAUUUUUCUCCCUUAGGGACCCUCAAGAGGUGAUGGAGUUUCUUAAAUCACUGGUGAAUUGGAAGAAGACAAGUGUUCUCUGAAUACAACAAAUAACAUAGAGAAGAAAAAUACACUGAUAAAAGCAUAGAAUAAAGAAAAUUUUACUAUAUCUAGUUAACACUGGGAGGCUUUGGAGUGGAAGUGGUGGCGUUUCUCCAGGUCUGGUGGCCUACCAUUGCUGCUCAUUGCUUCUUGUCUUAACUGUAUAUUCCUGCUUCAGUUAUCUUUCUCACUGGUAACCGGUGAUGGAUGCUUCCAUUUUAUUUUCAUGUUUCCCAUUCUUGGCAUUCAGUUUCGGAAAGCAGCCCUCUUCCAUUGGACAACACUAAAUAUUUUUUUCAUUCUUUUAAGCAUGGAUAUGCUUUUAUAUGUAUUUUUACAAACUCCUGAUGGAAUGUUAUUUUUCAUGCA